CGUAGCGCGACGUAACAAUCCAAGAUGGCGCUCCCUGUGCGGACUGACUUCAAACAUCUCCUCAGAUUGAUUCAGAAGUUUAAUUCUCCGAGAAGAGUCCUCAGCGCUGGAGCCUGUACGGAGAGCAAGAAGCCUGCAGGAGGUGGCCGCAUAUUCUCUGGGAUCCAGCCAACUGGAGUGCCCCACCUGGGCAACUACUUGGGUGCCCUGGAGAACUGGGUGGCCCUGCAGAACCAGUAUCCUUCAGUCCUCUACAGCAUUGUGGACCUGCACUCCAUCACCCAGCCUCAGGACCCGGCCCAGCUCCGGAGCAACAUACUGGACAUGGCAGCCAGCCUGCUGGCCUGCGGCAUCGACCCAGAGAAGGCCAUACUCUUCCAGCAGUCUCAGGUGUCAGAGCACGCCGAGCUCUCCUGGAUCCUCAGCUGUCUGACCAGCAUGCCCCGCCUCCGACACCUGCCGCAGUGGAAGAUGAAGAGCAAACAAAAGAAUGAAGGCAGCGUUGGUCUCUACACAUAUCCUGUCCUCCAGGCCGCCGAUAUUCUCCUCUACAAGUCCACUCACGUCCCCGUCGGAGAGGAUCAGGUCCAGCAUUUAGAGCUGGCUCAGGAUCUCGCUCGCAUCUUCAACAAAAGCUACGGAGACCUGUUCCCUGAGCCCAGCGCCCUGCUCAGCUCUAUACGAAAGGUCAAAUCCUUGCGUGACCCUUACACCAAAAUGUCCAAAUCCGACCCCCAGUCCAUGGCGACGAUUGCCAUCACGGACUCUCCUGAUGACAUCGCCCUGAAGGUUCGCCGAGCUGUCACUGACUUCAGCUCUGAGGUCACCUUUGACCCGGAGACACGGCCGGGUGUGUCCAACCUGUUGACCAUCCACGCCGCCAUGGCGAUGAUCAGCGUGGAGGAGGCGGUGGCCCAGGCCAGAGGGUUGGACACAGGCGCCUAUAAGACGCUCGUAACCGAGGCUGUGAUCCAGAGGUUUACGCCCAUCAGAGAGGAGAUCGAAAGGCUGAGGUCGGACCCUGUUCACCUGGAGGGAGUCCUGGCCCAGGGGACCCUUAGGGCUCGGGAACUGGCUGCACCGGUCCUCAGAGAGGUCCGACAGCGAGUGGGAUUCUGCAGCUAGGCAGCUAGGCUGGAGAAUAAAGCCACAUUUAUACUGCAGGCCUCGCUCAGCCCUGCACCGCUGCGGAUAUCAGAUUUUAUUCCAAAGACUGUUUACAUCUCUAGAAUAUUCUAGGAUGUAACUCAUUAGAUAAAAUGUUUUUGUCUUUUUGAGCUCUGCCACUAAAAUAAUGAAAAAUACCUAUUUAAGAUGUAACUUGUUAUACUAUACUGGUUUGGUUGUGUUCAAAUGCAAAUUGAAUUUAGGUCACAGGUGCUGCAAUCUGGUGUUCUAGAAGAUGUCAAUGGUUUGUGUUUACACUGCAAUCAGAUGUUUGUACAUGAAUAUUGGAAUCAGAUUGGAUUUAUAAAAACUGUACUAACACAGACCAAAACACAACAACAUAAAAACACGGAUUUUUGCCAAUAAGAUUCAAACCAGAUUCAUUGGCGGUUUGACAUCUGAUUCAAACAUUGUUUUCUAACGUUACCCCGAGUGUGACCGCUCAAACACAAUGCAGUUCAUCAAAAAUUUACAAAGCCAAAAAACAUGGAAGAAAGGAUUGAACCGUGAAAAUACAAAUAAAAGUAUAACUUCAAGAAAAUGCAACCCGACUCCAACACGCAGUGCUUUACAAACUGGGGUCCAGGGACUCUUGGACCAACAGGGGUCCUUGAGUGGGUUAUAGGGGGUCCCCAGCUAAAGGAGGAAUACAAUAUCUUAACUUUUAUCACUUUUUUUUGGGCAGUUGGAGCAACAAGGGACUUUUGUGUGACUUUUCUUGGUCCAGUGUGCAUCUAUUGUGGGCACCUUUAAAAAGUUUGCAUAAACAAACAAAGGUCAGGCCACAGUUAAAAGCUAGAGAGAACAAAUGAAUUAUGGGACACCUUCUGUACUUCCUGCAGUGCAGACAGUGUGUGAGCAAUGAACUGAGCGAGAUCACUUAAAAGGUUCUGUGGUGCAACAAUUGACAGUGGAGAUCACUGAUAAUAAAUAAUGGCUGCAAUAAUAGCUCAUCCAUAGCAGUGAACAUGUGAUCUUCAACACAAACAAAGGUAAGUUGCUCCUGAUUGUACUGAACAUACUGCAUCAGCUUAUCCACAUCUUUAAUGACCAAUAUAGUUUAUUCUUUAUUGAUUGCUCUUUUUAUACUCUGCGCUACGACACUGUUUACCACACUCAGUGGUGAAAGGGAAGAAUUGAUGUAUUAUGGCCUCAGAAACAGAAUAUUUGUCCCUUCUGUUGAUCUUCAGCCUGCUGCAGGGAAACAGGCUCCGCUCCGCAGCUUCAACACGCACUGUCACACAUCACGAGGAGUCGGAAUGUAAAAAAUGAGCAUUGAUAUUAAGGUGAUAGAACUGUGUAUUUGUGUGUGGGGAUAGUCAACUGGUAUUCUGCUUGUUACUGUCGUCUGCUUAUUUUACUGUUUUUUGUCUUUUGGGUAUUUAAAUAAAAUAAAUGAGGCUUCAUGUUUUUUUAAAAUCUGA